AAAAAAAAAGGAAAAUGGGUAAUAUUACGUGAACCGGGCCUCUCUCGUGAACUUGUGUGAGACGAGUUCAACACACGUGGAGGCACCAGAUUGGCUGGAUGGAGUCGUGAUGACGAGCUGCAAAAGAGGUGUUUCGAGUUAUUCUCCUCAUUUCCUCUUUUCUCCCAAAUAGCUAGGGUUUGCGACUCGAGAGGCGAUUCUUGUAGCUACGGCGAUCGAGAGGUCUUUUGUUCAUAAAAUCGAGGAGGGAGUGUCUCUUGAUCGAUCUCAGAUGGAUCCCGCAGAAGAAAUAAGACAUUCAAAGAAACAAAGGGAGAACUGCAACAUGUUAUGGUUCGUCCAGGAUUCACAGUACGGGAUUCCAAGAAGGUGUGCUUGCGGUGGGAAAAUCAUUGACGAGGUCCGGGGGAAGGAAGACUACGACAGUCAGCCUGGAAAGCGCUACUUCACGUGCAUCAACUAUGAAGAUGAUCGGUUGCAUUAUAGUCAUCCUUGGGUGGUUGGUGUCCAGGAGGAGAUCGAAAGGAUGAGGAAGCGUCUGGAGGAUGCUGAGGAGGAGAUCAAGGGGGUGUGGAAUCUCAAGUUCCAGAUUCAGACCCUGCAGGUAAUUAUAUUUUCCUGUUAUUUUAGAAGUAACCUUGUAUGUAAGUCCUUAAUGAGUAACUAACACUGUAUUACUGUUGUUUCCAUUGGCAGGAACAGUUUAGAAGCCUCACUGUCCAGGUCGCCAUCCUGGAGAAGGUGUGCUUCGACUGAAAAUCAGAGGUAAAUGUUUAAAACCCAUCUUAUGAUGUGAUGUAUCAUCUUGUUUGGUUCCUGUGAUUGUAUUAAUUUUCUAAACUAGACCUAGAGCGAAAAGUACAGUCAAAUUAAAGAUGGGUUAGUUGGUUGCUUGCUCUUAAUGGUUGAAGUAGUAGUUGAUUGUAUUAAGUAGUCGAUUUGAUGUGUCAUUACUUCUCUCUGUGAAGUAGUUGCUUGCUCUAUUAGCUUUUAUAUUCAAUGUUUGGCAGGUAGAGUUUAAUUUUUAACUUCUAUCUAAGCUAAAACUAGUUUAAAUAGAGAACCAAAACCCCAUUAACUUAAUAGAAUCAUGGAACACUUUUCCGGGUUAGUUUCGCUACUCUGUUCGCAGAGCAAUCCAGCAAUGGACUGCGAGUAUGCUGAGGCUGUAGCGAACUCUCCCGGCUUAGUGAAACCGGCAACUAAGAAAAAGUGGACAACAAAAGAGGACCUUGUGCUCAUCAGUGGUUGGCUGAACACGAGCAAGGACCCUAUUGUCAGUAACGAGCAGAAGGUUACUUCCUUCUGGAAGAAAAUUGAGGUGUAUGUUAAUUGUAGCCCUCUGCUCACUGGCUGCGUUCCUAGAGAAUGGAGUCAGUGUAAGCAGAGGUGGGGAAGGGUCAACGAGCAGGUCUCCAAGUUUGUGGGAAGUUAUGAAGCGGCUCUGAAGCACCAAUCAAGUGGUGAAAAUGAGGAUGAUGUCAUGAAGGCUGCUCAUGAGAUCUUCUUCAAUGAUUAUCAAGCGAAGUUCACCAUGGAACACUGUUGGAGGGAACUGAGACAUGAUCAGAAGUGGAAGUCAGUUUUUAAGUCAAGAGAUGGCAGCAAGGAGAAAAGGAAGGAAGCUGAGGAGGUGAUACCUGAGGAGGAGGUUAGACCGCCUGGUGUUAAGGCUUCUAAAGCAGCCAAACGCAAGAGGCACUGUCAUGAAGCUGCUUUCGAUCAAAUUGAGAGUAUCUUGGCUGAGAGAAAGAAAAUUUCUCAGCAGAAACUCCUAUAUCGUCUUCUUGCCAAAACUGAUCUAUCUCCUAAUGAAAUCACCCUCAAAAACAAACUCAUUUCUGAACUCCUUGAUUGAAUUGGUUAACUUGCUUGCUCGAAUCUCUGUUUUUUCUUUUGUCGAAUCUUGGUUUAGUUAUUAACUUUGAGGUUGCCUUUUUCUUUUGCAGGUUUCUAUGUCACGGGUUGCUGUGUCUUUUGCUGGAUCACGGGUUCAUAUGUCUGGAUCACGGGUUGCUAUGUCUGUUGCUGGUAUUAAUAAGUAUGUUGUUGCUUUAUUUGUACGGGAUCAGUGUAGUCUUUUGUAUGUUUCUACACUGAUGUUGCUUUAUGAUGAACGUAUGCAGUGGAGUCUUUCUCACACUGCUACUAUGUCCUUUUCUCUGUUUCGACACUAGUUUAUUUAAGUCACGGGUUGUACUAUGUAACAAAGAAGCAUAUAUAAAUAUGCUCUUGAUGUAUGUUUCAAAAUCAGAACUCAACUACUUCUCUUUCUGUCUCUGUCUUUGAAUUUCAAAAUUUCAAGAACACAACUUCUGAAACACUUGAUCAACUACCUCUCUUCCUUGAUGUCUUUCUGAAACACUUGAUCAACUACAAACGAAGAGGACAACUUCGCUUCUACUGCCUCACCCAACCGAGAACAACACAACCAACGUAAGCUCUUAAUUACAUUAUAAUACUUUGGCAUAAAACGCUUCAGCCAACGUAAGCUCUUAAUUACAUUAUAAUACUUAGGUUAAACGAGAUUGACAUGAUCAGACUAACGCAAUGUUUAUGUGGGAUUUGAACUAGAGAAAAAAAAUUGAUAAUUUGUUAUAUUUUGGAGUAGAGAAUAAAUUUGAUAAUUUGUUAUAUUGUGGACUAGAGAAUAAAAUUGAUAAUUUGUUAUAUUUUGGAGUAGAGAAUAAAAUUGAUAAUUUUUAUUUUUUUGAACUAGAGAAAAAAAUGAAAAUUUGUUAUAUUUUGGAGUAGAUAAUAGAAUUGAUAAUUUAUUAUAUUUUGGAGUAGAGAAUAAAUUUGUUAAUUUGUUAUAUUGUGGACUAGAGAAUAAAAAUGAAAAUUUGUUAUAUUUUGGAGUAGAGAAUAAAAUUGAUAAUUUUAAUUUUUUUGAAAAAAGAAAGAAUGUCAAGCUCCUCAAAUGAUGAAGGAUAUGAAGUUUUUGAGGAAAUGGUGGACCAACAAAUCGAUGAUUUCAUCGACUCUGUUCUAACCAAAGAGCCGAAGAGAUGAGCAUACAUCGAAAGAGAUCGGGAACAAGGACACAAUCAACUAUGGCAGGAUUACUUCAGUGAAAAUCCUACAUACACACACGACAUGUUUAGGCGGCGUUUUCGAAUGAACAAGUCUUUGUUCCUUCGCAUUGUCGAACGCUUAGGUAAUGAAAUUCCAUACUUUCAGCAACGAAGAAAUGGUCAUGGAAGGAACGGCCUCUCUACACUUCAAAAAUGCACUUCAGCCAUCCGAUCGUUGGCAUACGGUCAAGCGGGAGAUGUCAAUGACGAAUAUCUCCGACUUGCGGCAAGUACUGCAAUUUUAUGUUUGGAGAAUUUGCGGAAGCGAUAAUACAUUUGUUUGGAGAGGAGUAUCUAAGAACACCUACAACAGAAGAUCUUCAAAGACUACUUGACGCUGGAGAGGCACGCGGGUUUCCGGGGAUGAUAGGCAGCAUCGAUUGUAUGUAUUGGGAGUGGAAAAACUGCCCUACGGCUUGGAAAGGUCAGUUCACACGUGGUUCAGGAAAGCCGACAAUUGUCUUAGAAGCUGUGGCAUCACAAGAUCUUUGGAUAUGGCACUCAUUUUUCGGAUUACCAGGUACCCUUAACGAUAUCAAU